GUAGUGACCACCUCUUCCAGCGGCUCAGGCUUUCACCAGCAGCAAGCGGCGGCAGCCCCUAGGAGAAAGAGGCAGCGAUUUGUGGACAAGAAUGGUCGUUGCAAUGUGCAGCAUGGCAACUUGGGCAGCGAGACAAGCCGUUAUCUGUCGGACCUGUUCACCACUCUGGUGGACCUCAAGUGGCGCUGGAACCUCUUUAUCUUCAUCCUCACUUACACUGUGGCCUGGCUCUUCAUGGCCUCCAUGUGGUGGCUCAUCGCCUACCUGCGGGGUGAUCUGAACAAAGCCCAUGAUGAUAACUACACUCCGUGUGUGGCCAAUGUCUAUAAUUUCCCCUCUGCCUUCCUGUUCUUUAUUGAAACUGAGGCUACCAUUGGCUAUGGCUACCGCUACAUCACUGAUAAAUGCCCCGAGGGCAUCAUUCUCUUCCUCUUCCAGUCCAUCCUGGGCUCUAUUGUGGAUGCCUUCCUCAUUGGCUGCAUGUUUAUCAAGAUGUCCCAGCCUAAGAAGCGGGCGGAAACACUCAUGUUCAGUGAGCAUGCUGUCAUCUCCAUGCGGGAUGGCAAACUUACCCUUAUGUUCAGGGUGGGCAACCUUCGCAACAGCCACAUGGUAUCUGCACAGAUCCGCUGCAAGCUACUUAAAUCUCGGCAGACACCUGAGGGCGAGUUCCUCCCUCUCGAUCAACUUGAACUGGAUGUAGGUUUUAGCACAGGGGCAGAUCAACUUUUUCUUGUUUCCCCACUUACAAUCUGCCAUGUGAUUGAUGCCAAAAGCCCCUUCUAUGACCUCUCUCAGCAAAGCAUGCAAACUGAACAGUUUGAGAUUGUCGUCAUCCUAGAGGGCAUUGUGGAAACAACUGGGAUGACAUGUCAAGCCCGAACUUCAUAUACUGAAGAUGAAGUUCUCUGGGGUCACCGUUUUUUCCCUGUGAUUUCCUUAGAGGAAGGAUUUUUUAAAGUAGACUAUUCCCAGUUCCAUGCAACAUUUGAAGUCCCUACACCACCAUACAGUGUGAAAGAACAGGAAGAAAUGCUUCUUAUAUCUUCCCCUUUAAUAGGACCAGCUGUAAGUAACAGUAAAGAAAGGAAUAAUUCUGUAGAAUGUCUAGAUGGUCUAGAUGACAUUAGUACAAAGAUACCCUCAAAAUUGCAGAAAAUGACUGGAAGAGAAGACUUUCCCAAAAAACUACUAAGGAUGAGUUCUACAACCUCUGAAAAGGCAUACAGCAUUGGGGACUUACCUAUGAAACUUCAGCGAAUAAGCUCUGUUCCUGGCAACUCAGAAGAGAAACUGGUAUCUAAAACUACAAAGCUGAUGUCAGAUCCUAUGAGUCAGUCUGUGGCUGAUUUGCCACCAAAGCUUCAAAAAUUGUCAGGAGGAGGAGCUAGAAUGGAGGGGAAACUUCCACCCAAAUUGAGGAAAAUGAAUUCUGAUCGAUUUACAUAACAAAGAGACAUUUAGAUAUUAUUUAAAGUUUGCAUUACUAGUCAAUUCAAUUUGAGCAGGAAGCAAACCCUCUGAAAAGAGUACAGCCGGUCCCCCAGUUACAAACGCGUCGAUUUAUGACCGUUCGUAUUUAUGACCAACCUCCUAUACAGCCGGAACCUGAGUUAUGAACGAAAUCUGCACUUACGAACAGUACGGCCGUACAUCAGUGAAUGUAAUCCGACUUACAAACACAUCAAGUUAUGACCAAGUGCUUGGAAUGUAACUCGUUUGUAAGUCGGGGACCGUCUGUACAAUUGAUAAAAAAUGAGUUUGCUAAGCACUACAUGCAAACUGGGACAGCUGUGUUCUUCCCAGAUAGUGAUAUACUGGAAGUAUAAUAUGAUAAGACCUGAAGUCCCGACUGGAAUCAUAUGAGAGCUAAUAUUAAUUGGCAUGUAGUAUCACAACAAGCAUGCAAUAAUAGUGUGCAAUUUUUGCAUAUAGUUUUCUGGCAUGAUUCUUACUAUAUUUAUAUUGUAUAUUCUGAAAAUAUGUAAAGGGGGGUGUUAUUCUCUCCUGUUUCUUAAGAGUAAGUAAUAGGUAAAACAUGAGUAGGUAACUUUCAGGGCAAGUUAUAAUUUAAUUUAAAAUGUAUUUUUUUUUCUGAUUGUAGAUUGUGAUGUUUUGUUCAAAGUAGUUAUGAUGCAUGUUUUCUUUCUUAAAAUAAGGCUAGCCGCAUUAGUCAAUUCCAAACACUAAAUUUCUUAGCCUUAAAUUAUUUGUCACUUUAUAAUUUGCUUUAAUAUUUUAUUCGUGUUUUUUUUCCUGCCAUUACAAUGCUGGGAUAAUUUGAAGUAUACUUCAUAAGAGGUGUUGGCAGAAAUUGUGCUGUUUAGGGCUGGGCAAAAUAUUUCAAACAGAGUUUAUGUUUUUAAGCACAAAAUAUAAAAUCAAUAAAGUGAGAUCAUUUUGUUUCAUGAUUAUUAACAUAAGAAAAAUGUUCAAAAUGAGCAUAUUUGUGUGAUUUUUCUGAUGUCAUUAGUAUCGGUCUAUGAAGAAGAUAUGAAAACAAAUAUCUAGAUUUUCUGGGUGAAAUCUUGCCCCAAUUACAUUAAAGACAAAAUACUGAUUUCGCUUCAAUGGGACUGGAAUUUCAACUUCUACUUUUAGGAUCCAGUCAUGCAAGCUGUUGAUUGUGCUUCAGUGUGAUUACUUACCUGAUUAGGGACUACGCACUUGAGUUAGAGUUUGUAGGAUAUUUUGUUUUCAUUUUCCUAACAAUUUGGAAUUUCAUGAUCAGAAUUAUUUUUCUGAAUUUUGAAAAAAAUUGCUAAAGUUAAAGCAUUUACUGAAACUCCAAAAAAUUUAAUGUUCUCUUAUUGCCCACAAAAUCCAUCUAGGCAAACAAUCUUUCCUUUUUGCUGUCUAUAUUGUGAUAAUAUUUUAAAUUGAUUAAAAUAUACUUAGAUGUGUUCUAAAGUUCAAAAGGUCACCUCUUUGAAACUGUAUUUUUAAAUGUUUUAUUUUUCAUUUCACUUUGUUCUAAUUUUUUCUUUGCCAGGGAUGAGCUAGCCUCGUGUGGCAAAGUUAAGGCCCUACGAAAUUCAUGGUCCAUUUUGGUCAAUUUUACAGACAUAGGAUUUAAAAAUGUUUAAAUGUCAUGGUUUUAGCCAUUUAAAUGUGAAAUUUCACAGUGAUGUAAUUGUAGGGUUACUAACCCCCCAAAAAUGUGGGGAAGGUUAUUGUGUGCAGAGGAAGGGGUUCCAGUACUGCAGCCAUUACUUCUGGGCUGCUGGAGAGUGAUGGCAGAGCUGCUAUUAGCAGCAGUGCAAAAAAUGUCAUGGAAGAGUAUUACCAUCAUUACUUCUAUGCUGCUGCUGGUGCAGUGCAGCCUUUAGAGCUGGGUUCUCGCCAAAGCUGUCACUCUCUGGCCACCCAAUUCAGAAGGCAGCACAGAAGGAUGACAAAACCACAACCCUCCCUAAAGUAAUCUUGCACCCCUCCCCCCCUUCAACUCUAUUUUGGGUAAGGACCCUCAGUCUGAGAAACUCUGGUUUCCCCUGUGAAAUUUAUGUAGUAUAGAGUAAAAGCACACAAAAGACCAGAUUUCAUGGGAGGACAGCAGAUUUUUCACUGCUGAGAAUUUGGUAGGGCCCUAAGAAUAAUAUAGUACCUCCAGCCAACCAUGGGUCAGUAGCAUUUUGGCACCUAUCAGCUGCCUCUACUGGGACCUGUCUCCAUUUUUCCUCUAAAAGUUGAACUUCUAUGUAGCAUACAUCACAGUAUCUGAAAAUGCUCAUUAAUGUAUGCUAUGACAUUAUUACUAGAAGUGGUACUUUGGCAUAGUUCCUGCAUCUGGUUUGGAGUUUCAGGAAUAAGGCUGGCUUUCAGGAUACCUUCAGACAGUCAUAAUUUUAUGUUGGCUCAUCUGUAGUCUGCUUUCAAAAGGGUCAGAAUGAUUAAUUUGACCAUAAAUAUGUAGCUAGUGUACUUCUGGAAGCAGGGUAAUUAAAUAGGACAACAGCAGCAAAAAUAGUAAUUCUGGUCUCAAAGUAUGUGAUGUAAUUUUUAUGUAAUUAACUAAAAUAGUUUUGGGACCACAGUGAACAAGAAUCUUUUUUACUUUGAGAACACACAUUAAUCAGGAUGUACAUUAACUGAUUUCAAUCAUGUGUUGGCAGUUCUGAUUCAAAGGGCUUUGGACCAUUUUAAAUGAUAAAGUGCACAUUUAUAAUACUGUAUAAAGAAGUAAUAAUAGCAGAUCUACAAAUAUCUGGAAAAAUUCUUUUUUAAAUUUUGUUUUGUAAUUGGUUCUACAUUGCUGAAAGCAUUAAUUCAAAUAUAAUGAUACUCAGCAUAGGUCACCAUCUGUCAAUUUUGUACUUAUAGAUUUCACAUUUACUUUCAGAAUUUUUCAGAGUUUAUAAUCUGUGAUCUGUCUUACAUGCUUGUUAAAUCUUUGGCUAAAUUGUCAGCCCUUUGCACAUUAUUCAGUGUGCAUGUGUAGUAUCAUGCCAUAAAUGCCUGGUAAGCAAAAUUCUGAUAUGUUAAAGAUUAAUUCUGAAAGUGAGUUGUCCCCUUGUUGUUGACACUUUGACAGGUUUUAUUACAAAAUACAUUUGACAUCUCUGCUAUGGAAGUCUGAAAAAAUCCAGUCAGGUCAAUUUUUGGCAACUCUUUUUCCAUUAUAUAAGUUUCUGCGGCAUGGAAAUUGGACUUUAAAACAAUGUUACGCUUAAAUGUUUAGUGUUUGCCCUUGGGAAAUUUGGAAAUAAAUGUGUGCAAGAAUAUGUCCAAAAGUAAUUAAAUUAUGCUAGGAAUUCAAAUGUUUCUGAGAAUUAGAACUGUUGAUAAAGUGCAAGUGAAACACAAGUUACUGUGGCCAUGUCUGUGUGACAAAGUGUGGUUGAUGUUCAGCUGGAGACUUUUCAAUACAUUUGGGUUGGGCACAUUCAUACUUAGGUGCUUGUGUUGGUGCUGUGCAUACCCACUACAAGUAGUCGAAUGUAAAAUGUGGUGCAUCACAGGUAGAUAUCCCAGUAUGCCUCAUGCAACCGUCUGUGGCAGUUCCUUGUGAGAUUUUUACAGGGCUUUAUGAAAUACUAGUGAUUUGCCAAGGGUUUUCUGAAAACUAGGGGUUAUUUCCCCACUUUCAUCAUCCUAUAGUUCUUGCCCAAAGCCCAUACAUUUUACACAAUUUUUUUAAAACUCCCACAGUCCUGCAAACUGCUUUUCUGUCUCUUGCAGAAGCAUGGACCCUGCACAGCUCAUCAUAAUUUUGUAUGUGUUGCUAAUACAAGACAUAUGAUUCCCCUGUACAUGCAGAACUUGAGUGAGUACUAUUACAGUUGCAGAGAGGAAGUUGCAGAGAUGGUCAAGCACAGUAACUGAAUGCAGAUAGACAUAACGGGGAGGAGGAGAGAGGGACCAGAGCAGCUUCAAAUGGUGAAUCUCUGCUUCUGGGCCUGAGAAACAAGCACUGGCUGGUGGGAUUUGCCUGGGAGUAGGAGAGUACAUUAGGUCUUUUCUCCUUCCCACCCUUGGUGCCUAGAGAGAAUUGCCAGCUGCCAGGGGGAGGAGACUUUGUGCACUCCCCCUGUCCCCAGAUUUCAAUAGGCCUGUGGGUGGGAGGCGUGGCAGGGUGGCUGUGUGCUUGAUCCACCAGCUUGGUGGACUGGACCAGCCCGCAGAGGCUCCUUUGCCCACCCCUGCUCUUGCAGGAGCUCAUUCUUCCCUCCCUCUGCCCUUAAUCUGGUAGGAGCUCACUCUCUUCCCUGCAGCCAUGGGGUAGUAGGAGCUUGCUCUCCCCACUAUUGUGUCUUCAGGGCUGGCAUUCUAUGUCCCUGACAGUUAUUGGGGGUCCUCUUUUUGAGCAUGCCCCUGUUUUGACACAUUACAAUUAUUGAUGCUGAAAUGCCAAUAUUGAGUAUCACUCACUUAGUCACCUCAACAGCACCAAAAAAAGUAUCACCCACUGGCCCAGUUAUUGCAGGAUGAGAGUUGAAUGUGCUUUUGAUAUACUGAAAGGCUGCUGAUGCUGUUUACUCACUAGAGUUGGACCUCACAAGGCAAACAUCAAUAUUGUUGUUGAAGUGGGUUGUGCCCAUGAAAGCUCAUGAUACCAUCUAUAUGCUGCUAGACUAUUUGUUGUUUUUCAAGUUUUAUCAGUAUUGUUAUAACUAAAUGUUGUGUUCUGUAUAAUAUUUAAGACAAUGUGGGGAAAGUUACCACCAUGGUGCAGGGGUGAGGCUGACCAGCUGUCUGCUGAAUUUGACCAUUCAGAUAGCUACAAAGGCUAUUAGAAAAGCCAAUCAUGGAGCAGUAUGGCUGAGGAAGGCCUUAAAAGACCAUUUUAACAGUAAGUGUUGGUAGUGUUUUCUGAUCCUUUUAUGAAAUACUUAUAUGAAAUCUCAUGUGAAUUGAACUUUAAUAUGGAUGGGUUAUUGCUCCCCCCUAUGAAUAAUGUACUAAAAUAAAUUUCUGCUCAUUUGAACAGCAUUGAAAUAGGGCUGAGUUAGUGCCUUUCAUUAUGAAUUCUGUAAUGCAAUUAAUAUUUGGUACAAGCUAAUAAAGAGAGUCUGAGUUUCUACAAAUUUAAUUCUAUAAUGUGCAAAUAAUGUCCAAAAAAACUAAAGUGCAAACAAAACAAAAACUUUUUAGUAACUCUUUAAUAAGGUAAACAGAAGUAAAUAUUAAACAUUUAUGUUCAUGUGUGUAACACUUAUUACUGUGACACAAGAGUGGCUGAUCCUGUGGUUUUCACAGGCCAGUAUAUGUGUAGCUGUGAUUCUCCUUGCUUUACUCAGUAUGGAGUGGUAAUGUUGAAGAUGUCCACCAGACCAUCAGUUUUUACAUGGGAGUGGGUUGGAAUUAGACAAUGGUGUUUUACAAGCACUAGAAAUACCACUGAGUCUGCGGUCUUUGAGCAUAUAGGUCAUUAAUGCUCUGAAACAUCUGAGUUUGCUACCAGAACAAAUUCUUGAUGUCCAAAUGCAUUUCCUAGUAUACCUUUUGCUUCGUUUCCUUCUUCUGCAGCAACCAGUUUCUCCAUUCUUGGUCUUUUUCCAUUGUCAUGGUCAUGUGGCCUCUGCAAGCCCUGUGGUUACAGUCUAAGUUUGUAUAGGAUUGGAAGAUCUCACAGAAUAUAUCCUCCUUUUCUUCUUUCUCUUCUCGUUCAGACUCAAACAUUCAGCAGAUCUGGAGAAAGCACCUCUUAAGACCACCAGGCCCAGCUUUGCUUAUUAAAACUAAUAUUGUGUUAAAUUCCUAACCACAAUGGAAAGGGAAUGAUAAGUAAAAAAUAUCUCAUACAUUGUUCCCUGUAAUAAGAAAUGCUAGUUGUUACUUCAGCAUCUCUCUACAGCUCAAGCCAUGGUGAGUAAAGGUGUAGGAUCGUUCUUUUGCAUAGAAGGUUUAGAAGCUGGGUGUUUCUGGUUGUGAGUAUAGGCAGUGCAGUGAAAUCGGCAGGAUUUUCACAGGCACUGAUAACUUUGGCUGAUAUCUCACUCCUGAGGCACAGACAACUCAGCUGCAAGUGACAUCCGAAGGCUGCCUGGGCCCAUGGAAAUUUACUUGAGCUUGUUCAAGAGAAUAAGGACAACCCUGUUCAUAUUAACAAAGUUCUCUGUACAGCCCCUCAAUUCAGCCCAACAAACCAAAGAUAGAAGUGGACAUCGAUUCUACCUCUGUUUGUUCUACCUCUGCCGAAGCACAGGGAAAUGAUCUGAUGUGAAUCGUAUAAUCAAACGGCCAUAUUACUUUUGCUGGAUUUAUUGUCUAGCAUUUUUUUUCUAACAUUAUACUAAGUUUUCUCUAAAUUUGCUGAAGAGAUGGGCACCAUUAUUGAAAUGGGUAAGAAUAGCAAGACUGGGGAGAGAGAUGAGAUCAGUGUAGUGAAAAUGAUUAUAAAGAAUAAUGCCAGUACAUCCAGCUUCCUUCUCAUCGGACACCUCAUCUGCACUCACAUGGUGAAAUGGUUUGAGUCUCGAGCAAAGUCAAACUGCUUCUGGUUCCAGGCAUGUUUUGUCCCCUUCUCCUUACUAUUCACAAUACAGGUGUGCAAUUCAGGCUUCUGCCAGAGUGUACACAAUUAGGGAUGUUAAAUUUAAAUUCAUCAGCUAAUUGAGUUGAUAGAAUUUCCAUCAACUAGUCGAUAAGGGGGGGAGAGGACAGAGGAUGUUCGCUAUCCCUGCUGUGCCUUGGCCUUUACAAUGUAGAACGAGUCUCCCACAGCUCUUGCUACAUUUCAAAGGCAGAAGCACAGCAGUCAGGGCCAGGUGCGAGCGGAAACUACGUCAGUCCCUGCUCAUGCUGGGUUCCCUGCUGCGCCUCUGCCUCCCCUAUCCUUCCAUUCCCCCCGCACUGCGGAGGCAGUGCUGGGGCACCAGCUCCUGCUUUUCCCACCCCCUUGCUGCCUCUGAUAGAGGCAGCGGGACGGGGGAGGAAUACAAGUAGUCGACUCUACUACUGAUUUACAUCCUUAUCCACAAUAGAAUGCAGGGGGCUGGUAGGGUCACAUGUUUAAUAUUUUCAGUUUUUCAAGUCAUCAGCAACUAUAGACUUUUUAAUGGCAAAUUUAUCCAAGACACUGCAUAUCAGAAGUUGCAAAAGCUUAGUGUCUUACUUAGCUGACUGUAUGUCCUGCAGCUCAUUCUGAAAAUGACAGGUCUGCAGUGCAACUGCUGAUGUCUUGUUACCUCCCUCAUCUUCUGCUAUCCCUGACAAAAAUACUUCAUUUUGACAUAGCACAGCUGGUCACCUCCGUUGUGCUGCAGUUUCAGUGUUUGCUGUGCAGUUUGCACAUAGAGAUUUGUAUUUUCACAGCUGUUCCAUAACUGUUCUUUUUUACAGUCUCUUCUCCACACAGGCCGAGAAGAUCAAGACUAAUUGUUUGUUCCAGGGCAGAGUAAAUCUAGUAGCUCUCUGUGUGUAGAGGUAGCAUGGUCAAAUGCACACAACAAAGGUGAGCUGGUUGUCAUGCUUGCCAAGGCAGGCAACCUGGAAGAGUCAUUUCAGAAUCACAUGAGAGGUGCUAACGCAGGGGCAGGAUGGUUAAGGAAUUCCAGUCUCUGUGACUGUUGACAGUGGAGUUCAGUAUUGUGACUGGAGCAGCCACUGUUGCAGGGACAUGAAUAUUGUGGUCAGUUGCUAGAAGAGUGCUCGCAUUAACAGAUAAUUCAUUUACACUUGCGCUGUGUUGACCUAUGUAAGUGAGCCAUGGCUCUGUGUAAUGGUAUUGCACUGCUCUGCUGGGCAUUAAUGUUGUUUGGAUACUGACUGUGGUUUACACAUAACCAGGCCAACACAAGUGAACUUAAGUUGACCUAACUUUGUAGUACAGACCAGGUCUUAGCAAUUUGAAGAAAUCAUGUUUUGAAAUUGGAAAGUACUGUCCUUUUUAUGUUAUGCUUGGUGCUGCAAAAUAUUUUGAUAAAUAGUUAUGAUUGAUUGAAAAUACCUAAUUUUUUACAUAAAAAAUUCUCACUUCCUGCUGGGAGCAGGGAUGCUGAGUCCUGUGGCAUGUACUGAAAUAUAAUACAUGUUAAGACUAAAAUAUUGAUAAGAGCAAACACAAACAUCAAUCAAAUUGAUUUGUAAUCUUGAGAAACAAGUUUUUCUGAGUUGAUAUUUCAUUUUUGUUACCAGAGCCACUUCUCUAAUUUCAUCACUUUUGUUUUUGCCCAGCCCUAGUGCUUAAGUAUUUCUGUUUGACUGCACAGCAGGUCUGUGUUCUCUAACGCUGAAUUGAUGCUUGAAUUAUAUUGUAAAUUGUAUAUAUUCAAAUUAGACUCAACUAAUUGCAUUUUCUGGCAUGCAAUCUAUAAUUGUAUAAAUGUACAAGUUAAUUUGGAUUAUACAAAAUUACAAACUCUUGUAUUCAUUAAUACUGCAAGCUCAGUUUUAUCUAAAGCUAUAUUAAACUUUCAAAAAUUGUUGGGUUUAAAUG